AUGACAAAGACCUCUGCAGAUGCGCGCGACCCUGAUCGCAAACGAUCCUUCGAGUUUGAGGGCUUUUCGGAUGACGAACACGAAAGAGGCCGCAGCAAUAAGCGACAGGCGGUAGGCGAUGGCGUACGCACGAAUGAUGAAUACAUAGCCCUAUCUGAUUCAGUCGCCACCAAUACGAAGAUGGAGGACGCGCGCGAACAUUCAAGCCCUGCGCCCAGGGAGAUGCUUAUCGUCACCGACGCCUCACUUUCGGGCUCGGAAGUCAGAGCGGAAAGAGAGAGGCGGUCAUCACGUAGCGCUGAGACUAAGUUCGCUCCCUUGGGUGAAAAGGAGUUCCGCAUGCGCGGCUUGAUUAGGACAAGGGACGCUGGGAUCGUCAUCGGGAAGCAGGGAAGGAGCAUCAGUGGCAUCCGCCUUCAAUCCGGAGCGAGAGUGCAGAUAUCAGACUCGAUCCCCAGGGCUUCAGAUCGCGUCCUUGUGGUUACUGGCGUGAUGAACAGCGUCGCCAAAGCCUUUGCGCUGAUCGCUGCCAAGAUAGUCUCGGAAACACCAAACAACGGCGCGCCAGCAACAGACGGCUCCACUGAACUCCGGCUCCUCGUUCCGACCCAGCUGAUGGGUAUGCUGAUGGGCCGACAAUGCGAAAACAUUAAGGAUAUCAUGAAACAGUCCGCGGCACAGAUCUACGCAGAGAAUGGAUCACUGCCCAACAGCACCGAACGCGUCGUCAGCGUGUAUGGUCAUGUCGACGCGAUCCAUCUAGCUGCUUACCACAUUGGAACCGCCCUUCACGGCCAUCGCGAAGAGAUCCGCAACUUUACACCAUACAUCCCUGCUCCCCUCAGGAACUCAGACUACAUCGGAGGCGACCCGCGGGGCGGCUACCCAGCUCCCCAUUCCAGCUCGCCCCACCCGCAGCCCGGCGGCCACCAUCACCCAUCAAACCAACAAGCAAUGCACCCGGCCGCUGGCUACGGUGGUUACCCCGGCGCGCCACCCGGCCCACCCGCCGACGGGACCUACCAAGUGGUGCAAAUGUACAUCCCGAACGACAUGGUCGGCGCCGUCAUCGGCAGGCAAGGGGCGAGCAUUAACGAAAUCAGGGUCGCGAGCGGGUGCAGGGUUAAAGUUAUGAGCAACAAUAACUCGGUUCAUGCUGAAACGCUUGUUACUGUGGAGGGCAGCCCGGAGGCGAAUCAGAUGGCGUUGUAUAUGCUGUAUGCGAGAUUGGAGAGUGAGCGGGCUAGUAUGCAGAUUCGGUGA